AUGAAUCGUAUUGUCGGAGACUUGGUCGAGUCUCGUCUCCACUCCACUCCCUACAACCAACAUCUCCUCUUUAAGAAGGGCAGUGCAGCCGCCUACCGAGGAAGGAUGGCGUUCAACAGCCAAGCCGGAUCUUCUUCUCAAGCAUUCCAAACCCCACCUUUUGCACAAUACGGCAGUCCUUCUCGAUCACAGCAGCAGAGCAACAGCCCUCCAUUCGAUGUGCUGGAAUGGUACCCUAAGUUCCAGAGCUGCCUGCGAUUCUUCCUUGACCAUGCGCAGCACGAGUGGACCGUGCAGGCCCUUGCAGCCUUCCUCAAUAUCCAACUACCGUUCCAGAAACAACCCUUCCCCGUCAUAAACUCCAAUGCAUCUUCACCGCGCGGUGCCGGGCAAGACAUUCCCCAUCUUCGACAGCACAACCUGUUUCCUCUUAAUCAGCAACAAACGCAUGCGGUUUCCCUACUUCCAUAUAUCCGGCGGCUGGUAGUGACUGGACAUGAUACACCGGGAAUAUUACACGGCUUCUUCGGGGACGACUGGCAAGGGGGCAUUGGUUCUCUACACGAGAUCGAGCGUAGAAAUUAUAUGUUUGCUGCGAAGAGUACAAACUGGUUGAAGGUAAAGCAGGCAUACGAUAUGGGCCCGGAUGAGACAGUACCGUUCCUCAGUCCCUUGAAGGAUGCAGGAGAGAAGGAGAUCCAACAGGCAGAAAGUACCUGGAGUGAAUGGUUGGCAAUGCAAGACUGGAUGUUAGGGCCACGAUCGCCAGAGAUGAGGGGUUCUCCGAGAGUGAAGAGAGAAACACAUGAUUGA